AUGGCAAAAAGUGUUUAUAUAUUUUCAAUGAUUUACAUUCUUAGACUUGUUAAGUGGACUCAGACAAGUAGAAAUAGAAGAAAAAGAUCAGAAGAAAUCUACCUUUAUUACAAGAUUUGA